AUGCAGUUCUCUACCCUCAGCAUCGCCGCUCUCAUCGCGGCCACCUCCGUCAACGCUACUGUUUACGUUGGUCUGCGCACCAACUAUGAUGGCAGCAAGGCCCAAGUGGCAUGGACCAACGGAACCCCCGAUAUAUGCAGUGGUUUCAGCACCAUUGUCAACAGCGACUCCAACCCCUGCGGAAGAGACUUUUCGGUUGACGGCGGCAACGGGCCUUACCGCUUGGAGGGCUGUGGCGGAAAUGGGUUGACUCUCUUCCGCAACGGCAACUACAACAGCAACUGCAAGUUCGAGAAGCGCACCAUCCACUGCAACGGCGGAGCCAAGAUCGCUCAGGCCUGGGCUUGCUACUAG